CUUUUUUAAAUCAAGAAAGUGAAAAUGACUAACCCUACGGGUAGACGUUCUCCGCACACGGCCGUCGGAGAUUGCCUGGCUGCCAUUUUUUCCCCCGAUCCAAGGCUCUACCACUCCCAAAACGAUAUUCCUCACAAGUAUAUACUGAGAAAUGAGAAUCUGCGAUACAGGAGAAAUGGAGAGAGAAUAAUCGUGAGGGAGGGGAUGAAGUGCAUGGUUCUGGUGUGAUCAUCAAUUCAGGUUAGGGAAAGAUAAGAGCGUUGUUUGGUUGGUUUAAAAAUGAAGUUCAUAGGCAACUUUCCGUCCAUGGAUCUGAUGCGCUCGGAGAAGAUGACCAUGGUGCAGCUCAUCAUCCCGGUCGAGUCAGCUCACCGCGCCAUCACUUACCUCGGCCAGCUCGGCCUUCUCCAAUUUCGCGAUUUAAAUGCAGACAAAAGUCCUUUCCAGCAAACUUUUGUUAAUCAGGUAAAAAGAUGUGCAGAAAUGUCACGAAAGCUACAUUUUUUUAAAGACCAGAUACAUAAAGCUGGUCUAUUUCCUUCACCCAAUCCUGCUUCUCUACCAGAUAUAGAAUUAGAAGAAUUGGAGGUUCAACUUGCAGAGCAUGAGCAUGAGCUGACUGAAAUGAACGCCAACAGCGAGAAAUUGCGGCAAUCAUAUACUGAGCUGUUAGAAUUUAACUUGAUACUGCAGAAGGCUGGAGAGUUUCUUACUCAAAGUCAUGUGUCAGAUGAGGAAAUCGAAUUAGAUGAACAUAUCCAUGCCAAUAGUGAUUAUGCUGAUGCGGCAUCACUACUUGAGCAGGAACUGCAACCGGAACUGUCAAGCCAGUCUGGAAUAAGCUUUAUUAGUGGUAUUAUCUGCAAGUCCAAAGCUCUUAGAUUCGAAAGGAUGCUAUUUCGUGCAACAAGGGGAAACAUGCUUUUUAAUCAGGCAGUUGCUGAGGAUAAAAUCAUGGACCUUACUUCAAAUGAAAUGGUUGAAAAAAUAGUAUUUGUAGUGUUCUUUUCGGGUGAGCAAGCAAGGACCAAAAUAUUUAAAAUAUGUGACACAUUUGGUGCUAGUUGCUAUCCUAUCCCUGAAGAUGCCAUAAUGCGGAGACAAAUAACUCAAGAAGUUUUGUCACGAUUAACUGAACUUGAAACCACCUUGGAUGCUGGAUUACGCCAUAGAGAUAUGGCUUUGACCACUAUCGGAUUUCAGUUGACAAAGUGGGUGAACAGGGUUCGAAGGGAAAAAGCUGUCUACGACACUUUAAAUAUGCUGAGUUUUGAUGUUACCAAGAAAUGUCUUGUUGGCGAGGGCUGGUGUCCAAUAUUUGCAAAGACCAAGAUUCAAGAGACUUUGCAGCACUCUACACUUGAUAGCAAAUCACAAGCAGACAUAAUAUUUCAUGCAAUGGAUGCUAAUGAGUCAUUCCCAACUUUCUUCAGAACUAACCGUUAUACAAAUGCAUUCCAAGAAAUCGUUGAUGCAUAUGGAGUUGCGAAAUACCAGGAGGUGAACCCUUCUGUUUAUACAAUCAUUACAUUCCCUUUCUUGUUUGGUAUGAUGUUUGGGGACUGGGGCCAUGGAAUUUGUUUGCUAUCAGCAGCAUUAUUUCUUAUAGCUCAAGAAAAUAAACUUGGUUCUCAGGUAUGUCUUCUUAAGUAUGUUUAGCACUUUAGCUACUGGUAUCAUUUGCAGCAUUUGCUCUACUGAAUUUGUAAAUUUGGAAUAUACUCUUUCCCUCUGUCUCAAAAUGAAGUUUACACUUUUUU